GACGCAACCAUCUGCGGAAAGGAAAGGGGGGAGAGAGACUUACACCGCAAGAAGAGAGACCAAAAAGAUGGAAACUCAGUAAACGGACCCCACGAACCAUUACAUAUGACAGUAUGUCCUAAGUUGCCCGCUUUAUAUUUCCUUCCCAUGCACUUGGUCAGUACUGGCCCGCUGACCACAUUGGCCACCUCCCUCCCCUUCGCCCUGGCAUUGUCAGGGGCCCACGCUCCUGGCCGAGAAUGGUGACCCGGCUUCCUUCCGGUUUGCUAAGCGGGGCCGGAAGUGCUGGUUUUUAGCGGCUCUUGGUGUAGAAGGGUGGUGGUGGCGGCGGCAAAGUUGUGACUGAGGCGCUCGGAUUCUCGUGGCUGUGUCGGGAUUUAACCACCACCAUGUCAAGCAAAAGGGCAAAGACCAAGACCACCAAGAAGCGCCCUCAGCGCGCUACAUCCAAUGUAUUUGCCAUGUUUGACCAGUCACAGAUCCAGGAGUUCAAAGAGGCCUUCAAUAUGAUUGAUCAAAACAGAGAUGGUUUCAUUGAUAAGGAAGAUUUGCAUGAUAUGCUUGCCUCACUAGGGAAAAAUCCAACUGAUGAGUAUCUGGAUGCCAUGAUGAAUGAGGCUCCAGGCCCUAUCAAUUUCACCAUGUUCCUCACCAUGUUUGGUGAGAAGUUAAAUGGCACCGAUCCUGAAGAUGUCAUCAGAAAUGCUUUUGCUUGCUUUGAUGAAGAAGCAACUGGCACCAUCCAGGAAGAUUACCUGAGAGAGCUGCUGACAACCAUGGGGGACCGGUUCACAGACGAGGAAGUGGACGAGCUGUACAGAGAAGCACCUAUCGACAAAAAGGGGAAUUUCAACUACAUCGAGUUCACGCGCAUCCUUAAACAUGGAGCGAAAGACAAAGAUGACUGAAAAGAACUUCAAGUUCCAGCCAAAUGUUCCUUGUUGCCACUUUGGGUAUUUCUGAGAUUUUUCUCUUGCAUGCCCUUAGCUUUACAGCUUUUGCCUUUUCUGUUGUAUUUAUUCUCAGCCAUUUGGGGCACAUGUAUCAUGAUGUAUCUUUCCAGACUGGAAAUGGGACUUUUUGCCAUUUUCAGAAUAGAAAAUAGGGUAAUUUAACUUACCAGCCCCUCCCCCAUAACUGCAGCCUACAGAGUCAAUAUAUUUUUUCAGAGAAAGUUAUUCACUCAAUUUUUUCUGAACCAUAAUUAAACUUUAUGAUAAAAUA